UUUAACACCACUAAUCUUUAAAAUUCACCUGAGUAUACUUAUGUGAAACUUUCUGGCCAAGGUGACUCUUGCAGGUUUCUGCUGACUUCUCCUUUGUGACCUUGGACUUGCUCAAGUUUAAGAACUGUUAGAGGAAGAAGGAGAGAAUGAACAUGUCUGAACUUGGCCAAAACUCCGACGAAGACGUGUGUCCUGAGGACAUUGAUGAAGAUGAAAUCCUGGCUAACCUGUCCCCUGAGGAGCUGAAGGAGCUGCAGAGUGAGAUGGAAGUCAUGGCCCCAGACCCUGAAAUCCCGACUGGAAUGAUACAGAGGGAUCAGACAGAGAAACCCCCCACAGGCAGCUUCGACCACAGGUCCCUGGUCGAUUACCUGUACUGGCAGAAGGCAUCCAGACGCAUGCUCGAGGAUGAGAGAGUUCCUGUCACCCUCCUGCCCUCUGAGAGAAGUGCUGCGGAGGAGAUGGAAGGAGAGGCCAGCAGCGGCGGCGAGGUGGCUGGAGGGAGGAUGCCAGGAACAGAGGAAAAAGAGAGACAUUACCAAAAUGAGCACGUGUCCGAGUCAAGAACACAACCUGGGGACACAAAGACAGAUAGAAGUGAUAAGGAGAGGGUGGUGGAGGAGGAUGAGAAAGAAGACACAGAGGAGGAGGAGGAAGAGGAAGAUGAUGAUGAGGAAGAAGAAGAAGAAGAAAAUGAGACUGAAUUGGAAACAAAGGAGAAUUACACCAAUGAGAACAGUCACAUCAACCAGAUAAGUCAGAAGCCAGUUACAGAACCAGGAGAAAUCAAAGAAAAGCCUAAGGAAAAUGAAAAGAAAAUAUCGAAAUUGAACAUCCCCCAGAAGUUAGCGCUGGAUACCAGCUUCAUGAAGAUAAGUGCCAGGCCCUCAGGAAAUCAAACCAAUUUAGAGGACAGUUUGGACAAAGUCCGAAAAAACAACCCAGACGUGAAGGAGCUCAACCUGAACAACAUAGAAAACGUCCCCAAGGAAAUGCUGAUCGAUUUUGUCAACGCCAUGAAAAAGAACAAGAACGUAAAAACGUUCAGCCUGGCCAACGUGGGGGCUGACGACAACGUGGCGUUCGCGCUGGCCAACAUGCUGAGGGAGAACAGGAGCAUCACCACCCUGAACAUUGACUCCAACUUCAUCUCUGGCAAAGGCAUCGUGGCCAUCAUGCGCUGCCUGCAGUACAACGAGACGCUGACCGAGCUCCGCUUCCACAACCAGCGCGGCCUGCUGGGCCACCAGGCAGAGAUGGAGAUUGCCAGGCUGCUGAAAGCCAACAACACCCUCCUCAAAAUGGGCUAUCACUUCGAGCUGCCGGGGCCCAGGAUGGUGGUGACCAACCUGCUCAGCAGGAACCUGGACAAGCAGAGGCAGAAGAGGCAGGAGGGGCAAAGGCAGCAGCAGAUGAAGGAGCAGAAGGAGUUGAUAGCCAUGCUGGAGAAUGGACUUGGGUUGCCUCCUGGGAUGUGGGAGAUGCUGGGGGUACCGCUGUCCCAGCUGAGGAUGCAGGAGCCCCCACAAGCCCCCAAACCCCCCAUCCCUGCAGCUGUGUCACUGAACAAAAGGCAGGAGAAUACGAGGCCACCAGCACCCGAGAAGCCGUGCAGGGAGAAACCCAUCAGCUUCAAAGUGGUCAAGCUGAAGAAAACUCAGCGCAAACCCCCCGUGCCAGAGUACGUGGAGCCUGCUGAGAAAACCAACCUCAAGGACGUCAUCAAAACACUCAAACCAGUUCCCAGGAGAAGACCUCCUCCCCUGGUGGAAAUAACCCCCAGAGAUCAGCUCCUCAACGACAUCCGCCAGAGCAACGUCGCCUAUCUCAGGCCGGUGCCGUUGCCAAAGCAGCUGGAGUGAGAGACCAGACUGACCUGAAGAAAACAACUUGGAAUAAGGACUACUCAAGUUUUGCUUUUCAGCAGAUGUUUUCUGCAGAAGCCAGGUGGUGUAUUCAACUCUUUGGGAACAAAGCUUGUGAUACACACUUGUGUAAGUGUGCUGAAAACGGCUGGCAUGGGAAAAGUCACUGCUAAGUGUUUCCAUCAGGUAUCAAACAAUCCCGCUGCCAUCUGUCUGCCAAGUGGAUCUGAGGCUUCAGAUUGUUGUGGGAGU